CUUAAGUGAACUUGUACAUUGGUAAUAUUUUUGUUUUAGGAAGUCAUUUAACAUUUCCAUAACAUGAAUAACACUACCAUCUGUAAGCUUUGUAAAGUUCCAGUGUGCUCAAAUAAUUUUCAAAUUCAUGUAAAUGGGGCAAAACAUCAACAGUUAUUAAACAUUGCUGCAAAACAAGAGAACCGAGAAAUGUGUGGAAUAUUUGUAACAGGUUUUCCAGAAUCGGUUGUUGAAAAUGAAAUAGUCCAAUUCUUUGCAAACUUUGGGUAUUUAAAAAGUCAUUAUUUGGAUAAACAGAAGAAGUUUCUGAUUGUAGAAUUUGACAGACCUCAAUCAGUUGAGAAUGUGCUAAAAAGAAAUAUUUUCCUUGAAGGACGAAAAUUAAUUAUAAAACGAAGGAAAACACGAAAAGAUGGAAAAAGAAAAGUGCAAGGUGCUUCUCCACAUGGUAAAGAGGAAAUGAAAGUACAGGUGCCAGUUAUGGACUGCGACAAAAUCAUUGCCGGCUUAAAGAACUUAACAGUGGACUUUGAGGAUCAAGUUAUUGAAUUUCUUUCUCUGAUUCAUAUUUCAGCUGAAGAUUCGCAAAAGAAAUAUGGCAUGCUUCAAAAUCAUCUAUAUCAACUCUUAAAGCGUAUGUUUACUCAAUGUAAAUUGUAUAGAUUUGGUUCUACCACAACAGGACUCAAUUGGGAUUGCAGUGAUGUGGACAUUUUUUGUAACACAAAUGACAACCAAGUCAUCCCUCAAGAUCAGUUGGUGAAAAAAGUACGUAAUUUUAUGUACAAAGACAGCAAAUUCGCGAAUGUAUUUGCUAUGCCACGGGCAAGAAUACCAAUCGUGCGAUUUGUUCAUGUUCCAACCCAACUAACUUGCGACCUUAACUUCAGAAAUAUGUUAGGAGUUCAUAAUAGUGAAUUUAUCUCAUACGUUUGGACAACGGACCCACGGCUGAAGUCACUUAUGUUUAUAAUCAAAUUUUGGGCAAAAAUUAAUGGUUACUCUAGCGGAAAUGCGAAGUUCUCUAAUUAUUUACUAACAGUAAUGAUGUUAUUUUAUUUACAACAAAUGCACGAUUUUCCUCCUAUUUAUUCGAUGCUAAAAGUGGUCGACAGCAAUGAACUGGUUGAUAAUUGGAAUCCACAUUUCAAGAAGAAUCGCCUUGAAUUAAGCAAAAUUAGAGACGUGAGUUUAAAAGAUUUACUCUACGGAUUCUACGAAUUUUACGCUCAUUUCGACUUUGGUUUGUAUGUGAUAAGUCCCUAUCUUGGCAAACCAAUUUUAAAAAUAUUAUUUACCAAUUUAAAACAACUACCUGUUCAAUUAGAUUUUUACAAAAAUAAUAUUCGCGAAAAGCGAACAGCACCUUUACCAAUUGAUAAAUUUUUUUGCUGUGUACAAGAUCCGUUCGAAUUAAAUAACAAUAUAGCCAAAGGGAUAUCUUUAAAGAUCUUACAAAUGUUUUGUACCUCAUGUAAAACGGCAAUGUACGUUCUUACUAACAAUCUUAAGAAAAAUACCCUGUGGUGUUUAUUUACUGAAAAACUGAGUUCGGAUAAUACCUGCGAUCCAAAUAAUCUUGAAAUCAUUAUCAGUGUACCUCAUCAGGUAAACUUACUUCAAAGACUUUUAAAAUCGGACAACAUCGACGAAAGUCGAAUAAGGAAAGCUUGGUUUGACUUUUUAAAAAGUUAUUUAAAAAGAACACUUGAGGAAGUACUACUUUUAAAAACAAGCGUAAAAGACUGUUGUAGUGGAAACGAAAUAUUGCGGGUAAAAUUUAAAGAUGAAUUUAGUGAAAGUAAAAUAUCUCGAAAAGACGGACAAAAUGACGUUUACGAUAAUGAAACAAUUAUUCCUAUUAAAACUGAGUGUUCUGAACAAACUUCUAAAUGUGAAGUUGUUUCUAGUGUUCAGUUCGAGUGUACUAGUGGUUUUAAUGUAUUGGACUUGAGAAAAAAAUACAAGCCUUCCUCUGAAAGUAGUAAAAACAUACUUGAAGAUGAAAUCCAAAUUUCAACUCAACUUGCGAAAAAUUUUACCAUUCCACAAAAGGAAAGUAGUAUCGUUAAAUUUGACAUUACUUUAUCUUGCAAGAGUAAUCCUACGGAAUUCCUAGUAAAAAUGCACAAAAUUAAUUCACAAAGUAAUUACUUUGAGCGCCUUUUUGGUUACAUUGGCAAAGCAUUAACAGGUAACCUUGCUAGAUAUGUUAAUGAAUUAGAAACGUCAGAGAUUUCACAAAAAUAGAUAUUGCAGUUUUUAUAGCAGGUUGCUAGUACCGUUUUCUAUGUAAAGUACAUUAAAAUGAAAUUAUUCUUGGCUGUACGAUUUUCGUAUAUUUACAUAGACCACUGGUUCUUUACAAAAACGUAAAUAAUUAUUUGAGCACUUACAAAAUUUAAACAAAUUAUUCCAUUAUAAAAAAAAUUAAAAAGAAACUUGGAUGCAGGAUCUAUUCAUAACUGCUAGAUAAGUAAAAUAAUUGGAACAUUGCAAUGUAUUUUAUCUGUUUGAUUGAUAAAGCUUCUAUUUUCUGA